CCUCUCUCUCUCUCUCUCUCUCUUUUUCUCUCUUUCUCUAACUCUUCAUAAUUUUUAAUCUUCGUCACCGUCGUCAUCGUCGUCACCGCCGUCAUCGUCACCGGCGUCGUCGUUUUAUCGUGCUUAAUAAUAAUGUAUUAACAAAGUGAUCCUUGAGUUAGUCGAUUAUAAUUCGAACUGUUUGUUUAUUGUUUAUUAACUCGAGUGACUUCUUUAUUUUUAUUUUAUAUAUAUAUAUAUAUAUAUAUAUAAAACGCGUGUGAUCGUCCUAGUUGCUUGUGCAUAAAUCUUAAUUAAUUUUCAUUUUUCUCUCUCUCUCUCUCUCUCUCUCUCUCUUUCCCUCGAAAAAGAGGAUAAAGAAGAGGAUAAUAAAGAAGAAGGACAAAGAAGAAGAAGAAGAAGAAGAAGAGAGAAGAAAAAUAUGAGUGGUGGUAGAACGUCGACGACGAUGGUUCUAUUAAUUGCUUCGAUCGUCCUUUCUUCCCUUUUGACGACGUUCGUCAACGGCGCCGGCUUGAAAUGUGACGCUGUCAGGCCGGAUUUCGAGGCGCAGGGCUUUCCAUUGAGCGAUAUACCGAAAGAACCAAUUUCAUCAAAGGAAUUGAAAAUAUGCGGUGGUAUAAGCAGCGGAGGGGAGGUUUGUUGUUCAGCCGACAUGGAAUUACGAUUACAAGCAAGGGCACGAGACAAGCACGAGAAAGAAACCAAGGAUACACUUCAGCGACUCCAUCAGCUCUUGUCCACUCGUGGAAAUAGAUUUCAUAGUUUCUUCAAGGAACUCUUGGCGACCAGCAAGAGAGGCUUCCACGAGAUGUUCAAGAAAACUUAUGGGAUUUUGUAUGAACAAAAUGCUUACGUCUUCACGGAUCUGUUCAAAGAACUUGAGAAUUAUUAUGCUAAGGGAACGGUCAAUCUGGAUGACACGAUGGACAAUUUCUUCAAUACGCUUUAUCAAAAGAUGUUCACCGUGUUGAACAGUCAAUAUAAGUUCGACGAUAAGUAUUUGGAAUGCGUGGGCGAUCACAUGAAGGAAAUGAGGCCGUUCGGGGAUGUACCACAAAAACUCAGCGUUCAAAUAAAAAGAUCUUUCGUUUCUACUAGAGCCUUCAGUCAAGCUUUAACAGUAGCUGCUGACGUUUUGAAGAACAUGCAAACGUUGAAAUCAUCACCAGAAUGUGCUGCGGCGUUGACAAGAAUGACGGCCUGUCUCUCGUGCAGCGGUAUAGCAGGGAAGGUGUUGGCUUGCGGCGACAUGUGUACUAACGUAAUGAAGGGGUGUUUAGCACAGCACGUGGCGCUUGACGGCGAAUGGAAUCAAUUUGUCGAGGCCUUCGAUAAAGUAGCCGAUCGUUUGCUCGGCCCGUUCAACAUAGAGAUGUUGAUGAAACCAAUAAACUUGAAGAUAUCGGAAGCGAUAAUGAACUUUCAAGAGAGCAGUAGCGACGUCUCGCAAAGGAUAUUCACCGGUUGCGGACGUCCUGUCUUAGGUAGACGAAGACGAAGAGAUAACAGAGAGUUGGAACUAGAAUCUUUGAACUUCGAUCAGGAAACGUCGGCCGAGGAUCGUUCCUCGACCGCUGCGAUACUGGACAAGCUCGUCAAAGAGAUAAGACAGAGGGUGAGAGAUUCUCGACAGUUCUGGGUCUAUCUACCUUAUCAGUUAUGCAAUGACGGUUUAGUACAACCACCUAGCAAUACAAAGGAAUGUUGGAACGGCACACAUGUUGAUAAAUAUAUAUAUCCCGUAUCAUCGGACGGUGAGACGCAACCAUUAAAUCCGGAAGUACGAAGUAGCGGACCAAGGCCUACGAUCGUUAGAGAUCAAAUAUUUGCAUUAACAACGAUAACGAACAGGCUUAGAUCUGCAUUCAAUGGUCAAGAUGUCGAUUGGAUAGAUACAGAGGAAACGUGGUACGGAUCGGGAAGUGGAUCCGGUGACGGUUCGGGUGGUAUAGACAACGAGAAUCAUUUCGAGGAAGGAUCAGGUUAUGGUGGCGAUCAUUCAUCCCCAGAACAACCAACGAAACAGGCAACACCUAAUAAAGGUCCAGAAGAGGUACCAACAGGCGGGAAGAUGGACACGGAGACCAAACCAAAUAUCAAUGACAACGUUAAGAAACAUGGUGGCAAUAAUGCAACGUCUACGGUAGACGUUAGUGGAGCUAGCAGACAAAAAAUAUCAUUGUCGCGUGCACUAACAACGUAUUUGGUGCCGAUUGUCGUUAUGUGGUUUGGUGGAUGUCUAACCGAGUGGCUGUGAUCAUCAUAUUCGGCAUUAUUAUUAUUAUUAUCAUCAUCGAUUCGGUAGAUUGUGUACUACAAGUGUAAAUAAUCUUCUCUCCUCUCAUGUAUGUGUUCGUGGGAGAACGGUAAAAACUCUUUUUCAUUCGAUGAACGACGAUUUUACUCCCUGUCCACCCCCUGCCCCCCACGCCCGCCUAUCCCCAUUGAUCAACAAUAACAACAAUAACAACAACCAGCAGAAGAACAAUCCUGUCACCUGUCUGAUCGAUCUUCUUUCUACCCCUUUAACCAACAACCAACCUGCCUACGUGAAACUGAUGAUACUCCCUCUCGAGUGACGGAAAAAAUAUCGUGAAUAUUCGUUGAUAAUUCGACGAUGAUGAAACGAGUGAAGUGUGACUUUUUCUUUCUCUCGUUUCUUUUCUUUUCUUUUCUUUUUUUUUCUUCCCCUUUUUUUCUGGACUAUGAUCCUAGGAGACACUCGUGAAACGAUAGUCUCUCUAUAUAUAUUUAUAUAUAUAUAUAUAUAUAUAUGUAUGCAUAUUCUGGAUAUGUAUAUAUAUAUAUAUAUAUAUAUAUAGACAUUCACAUUCAUGAUCGAUCGAUGGAUCGAUCUAGAUCUCUUUUGAGAGUCUCUUACUUUAUGUUACAAGAGUGUACUUCGAUCAAAUGUACUAUCAUACAUACACCACUUUGUAUUGUAAAUCAUGUAAAGCAGCCUCUGAUCGAACCCGAACGAAUAUGUAUGUAUACGAAUUUAAUGUCUCGCGCGAUGGCAUUGAACUCUCCAAAACGCGAGUCUAUUAUUAUUACUACUACUAUUACUACUACUAUUAUUACUGACUACUACAACUGCUAUUACUACUACUACUACUAUUACUACUACUUGACAGAUCUGAAGUUUUCUUUUUUUUUUCUUUUCUUUUUUCUCAGGGGAGGGUUUUUUUUUUUUUUUUUUUUUUUUUAGAGAUUUUACCUCCCUCGCUGCUUCCUCCAUCCUACCCCCAUCCCUACACCCAACUCCCUUUCCUCCCCACGUUGAGCUUUGUUAACUAAUACCACGGGAUUGACAGAAUAUAAUUUCAUCGAGUUAGAAUUCGAAAGAGAAUGUGUUACAAGAGGAAAUAAAGGAGAAACUUUUUCAUACUUA